GGAAUCCUGACUAAUAAACACUUAAUAAAAGAAUAGACCUAAAAUAUAAGACCUCGUUAAAAGUAAAAUGCUGCCUUUGGGGCUUUUAUUGAAGUUGUCAGUUAAGAUGUUAAAAGGAGGAGGGACGAUACAGAGGGAAUGCAGGUAGGAAGGUUAAAGUGUCGUGUUACCGGAAUUUAGUUUUGCUCUGUCAAAAGACCUUGGGCUAUUAGGGAGAAGCUUCUUUCUAAACUGCACUGCAACAACACUCGGCACCGUACACCGGCACGGUUUACUACAGCGCUGGGAUCGCGGAGGUGGAGGUCAAACUUCAAACUAGAUUCAGAUACGCAGAUAGAUUGAAAAGGAGAGGGAGCUCGGAAGGGAGACCGGGACAGGAUCGCUCCAGGUUUUCCUGUUAAAACCAGUGGGAGAAAAGGUGACAAGAGGCAGAAGAAGGAGGAUAUAGAGGACAGCACAAACUGAGGAAAGGGCAGUGGUACGCUACUUACAGGAAAAAAAAGGAGAAAAUGGGGAAAUCUCAGACCAGCAGGGAGACUCAGGGACCAGCAGAUAUCGAAAUACCACUGAAUCCAAGUAUGCAAAUUCCUCAAGAAGUUGUUUCCAACAAGCCCAUGACGAACUCAACACCUCAAAGACAAAAGGUGUUGAAGACGAAGAAAAUAUUAAUCUGGAUUGUGAUAGCAGUAGUGAUUUUGGCCAUAUUGGUCACUGCAGGAUUUCUUAUUAAGAUGCUAAUUGAAAGCCAUUACUACUACUGCACACGCUCGGCGAAGUUCAUCCCAAUCGCUCAAUCCUGUGACGGAAACUUUGAUUGUGUUGAUGGAGAAGAUGAGGCUUAUUGUUUGUCAGAAUUCAAAGCAAACGGCACAUUUCCAGUGCGUCUAGUUUCUGAUGAGCAUGUCCUCCAAGUCUUCAACGGCAAAACAUGGGGGACCGUCUGCACCGACGACUGGAGCACACAGCACACCGAGACUGCUUGCAAACAACUAGGAUACACAAAAUCCCCAACAAGCAAAGAUGUCUAUGUUAGCUCUUUGCCGUCUCCUUUAAAAACUGGACCGUUCAUGGCAGUCAGGAGCGAAAGUGGAAGCACACCAGUACAUCAGGCAACCGUUGAGCGCAGCGUGUGCCGCACUGGAUCUGUGGUCUCUUUGAAGUGCUCAGAUUGUGGAGAGGGGGGCAAUGUGGAGCGCAUCGUUGGUGGCGUGGAUGCCCGGAUAGAGGAUUAUCCCUGGCAAGUCAGCCUGCAGAAUGGCGGGCACAGAUGUGGCGGCUCACUGGUGUCAUCACGUUGGAUAGUCACUGCUGCACACUGCUUUAGCGGUAACAAAGAGCUGAGUCGGUGGACAGUGAUGGCAGGAGAGACAUACAUGACCUCAUCAGGACUCUCCUCUGUGGACAAGAUCAUAAUCCAUGAUGAAUACGAUGAAGGCAGAAACGACUACGACUUGGCAAUGAUGAGGCUGAGCAGGCCAAUCUCAGUGGGAGGGAAACGCAAGCCGGUGUGUCUCCCUCCUAAGUACCUUCUCCUUCCUGACAAGGCUCCUGUGGUUGUUUCAGGCUGGGGACUGCUGAGAGAAAAUGGGAAAACUUCAAAUGUACUACAAAAGGCCAAUAUUGAGAUGAUUAAUCGAAAUACAUGUUCCAGUAUUUAUGGAACCUCGCUAUCGCAAAGAAUGAUCUGUGCUGGCAACUUGAAGGGAGGUGUGGAUUCCUGCCAGGGCGAUAGCGGAGGCCCCUUGGUGUAUUUUUCCUCCUCUAAGUGGCAUCUGGUGGGAGUGGUGAGCUGGGGUGAUGGCUGCGCACGGGAAAACCGACCUGGCGUCUACAGCAACGUGGAUGACAUGCUCAACUGGAUCUAUACAGUCAUUGAGAAAAACCCAUGAUGUUCCAAUGUGACUGGAGCCACUGAGUGGAUUUCAGGCAUUUUUACCUGAGUCAGACUGUGAAGCUGAGGAAAUGAAAGUUCUUGUUUUUGCACUGCUUUAUGGAAAUAAGAGGACUUUGAGGGAGAAGAGCAGAAUAUGCACAUCUGCUGUCAAUGAAACAUUUGCAUUACCCCGAGCCGCAAAAGUAUGGAUGCAGACAUAUUCAUUUUCACAGGACAUGUGAAAAUGAAGGUGAAUGUUUUUGUAAUUCUUUUUUUGUGUCUGCAUUUACCUCAGGGAACAUGUUUGCUUUUGUUUUUUCUGUUGCCUAAUUAAGGUCUCAAAAAGUAUUGUAGCUAUUUUUUUUUUCUUUCUUUAUUCUGGAAGCACUUUUUGGCAAAACAAGCCAGUCAGAUUCAGUGAUGGUUGUUUUUUGCAAUAAUAGAUGCUUUUAUGGUGCUGAAUUUGUGGCCCUUUUCUCAACUUAAGUGCCAAUAAUGCACGAUUUUUACAGGCAAGGAUAUUUUAGAUUAAUUAAAAAAAACAUUUUGUUGUAUCAGUGACUCCUAAAUAGUCACAUUGUUUUUUUUUAAAUGCAGGUCAAAUAAUUUUUGCCUUUCUGUGUAAAUUAAAUGUUGAUGCUGUUAACAUUUAUUUGAUUUUGACAUAUAGCUGUAAAUAGUCUGUAAAUAUAUAUGAUAAACUUUUUCUCACCUUGGAGACUGUUAUGUUGAAGUGAAAAUAAAACUGGGAAAUAAACGUC